GACUCUUAAUUGCGUUCGGUUUCGCAUUUAUUACUAAAUAUUACAAAUAAUUUAAAUAAUUUACAUCAGUGCAUAUGCACUAUUAUAAAACAAAUUGUGUGAAUACAAAGUGAAUUUAUUUGCUGUUUUAUUUGCUGAUAAAAUUAAAUAAAAUAAACUGUGAAUCAUCCAAGAUAUGGAUGUUUGUGAGAAAUUAUCUUCAGCCCCAGUUCCAGAGAUUAAUGAGGUCUCAAGAGCAAAUACUGACCCUACAAUUAUCGGCACUAAAAAUGAACGUCUCGAAGAGUUCUGCAAACAGUUUGUCAAUUUAUCAGAACAAAAAUUUUCGGCAUUCAAAACAGAGGCGUCUGUCGGUGGCGAAGCAAAAACUGGUAAAACUUCAAAAAUUGCACAGGGUGCAGCAAAAGGAGGGUUAACAUUGAUACCCUUCUGUGGCAAAAUAAUUAGCGAAAUUGUUGGACAAUUUAUGAACUAUCCGAGUGGUAAAGUUCAUAGGCAGAAGGCUAAAAAUGUUACCAAAUUCCUAGCAUCCAUGUCUAUAGAAGAUUUGAGAGAAAUUUUGAUGCACACGUCUGGUACAUUGUUUUGGUCAUACGAGGCACAAUUUUCUGAAAUUUUGGACGCUGGUGGUAGUUGGCAAAGGGCUAUGGAAAAGAUUGCAACCGAUGCAGUUGAUAGAUUUGUAAAUUAUAUAACAAAAUUAGGGAAGAACAAACCAGAAUCUGAUGUAGAUAUCUCGCUAAAUAGUUUUGUGCAGGCUAUCAUUUCGGGAGCCUCCAAAAAGGAAAUUGGUGACUUAAAGCCAGGACAUACUGUCAGGUACCACGGACAAAAGUCGAAUACUUCAGAAUUAUUUGAAAAGGUUGGUAUUGUCGAGCACAAAGAAGAAAGUAUCAAAUUUUACAGAAAAAAACACUACGAUAGUAAAUUUGGCUUUAGGCGUUUACUUCCAUGGGAAUCUACUGAUGACUUGGAAGUCAUCAAAGAUGGAACUAUAGACGUUUACAAUUACGAGUUGACCUCGGAUAAAAUUCAUGGGGUGACACAAAAAAUUUUGAAGAAUAUAAACGAAAACGAUCCAAGAUUUUGCAGUAAAAACGUGUGUGACAUCAAAAGCAAUUUGCAGGAAGUACAUGGCAAAGUUGAUGAGUUGAAAAUCAAUGAUGAGACCACUCAUAAAAAAUUAGACGAUAUCCACAUGACAGUAGAAGGUGUAAAAAAAGAUUUGGAAGGUACCAAAGAUAAUGUAGACACAGUCGAUAAUAAUUCUGCUGAUUUUACAACCACUUGGUUUUCCUUCAACAUGAUUCGGAAUGCCUUUAAGUUUAUAGGCAGAUCAAAAGAAUUAGAAAAUUUACAUCAAAUUUUACAAAUUGAUGAUGAAACUUUGAAAUCAAACAUAGCAGUCGUGUCUGGUCUUGGUGGUGUUGGAAAAUCAGCACUAAUCAGAGAAUAUGUACGUAAAUAUAAAGAUGAAUACGAAAAAGUUGUCUGGAUCGACGCAGAAACAAUUGAACUUUUAACUGAAUCAUUUCUAGAACUUGCCAAAGUUGUGUUUGGUGAACAAAUACAUAUCAGCAGACUUAGUUUGACAGAGCUGGUGUGUAAAAUAUAUAAAAAAAUAUCAGCACACAAAUGUCUAUUUAUUUUUGACCAUGCACAAGCUUUAAAAUCUGAUCCUUUAAGAGUUGAAGACAUUGAAGCCUAUUUACCAUUGAAGGCAGAUUAUAAUCAAAACAUUCACGUAUUGGUGACAUCUCGUUUACAAGAUUGGAUGGGAUUAAAAGUUUUCACUUUGGAAGAAUUUAAAAAAGAUGAGUCUGGAUGUUUUGUUAAAGAUGCUUUAAAUACUUUACACGACGACAAAAUUGUAUCAGUAUUCACUGAUAUUUUGCAGCAUUUGCCUUUGGCUUUGCGACAAGCAACAGUCUACAUAAAUAAAAAAGAUGAGGUGUACCAGAAUAGAGGAUGCAAUUUUGGUAUUGAGGAUUACAUCCGUCGAUACAAAAGCCAGAAAAAAGAUUUGCUGGAUUACAAGUUUUAUAAAUACACCAUGGACAAGUAUAAACAAACAGUUUACACAACUUGGAAAAUAACAAUGGAAAAGAUCGAGAAAACCAAGUACGGCGCAUUGUCUUCUAACAUUUUGCAAUGGACUGCUUUUCUGGGUUCAGACAAUGUACUUUUAUCAAUAUUUACCAAAAAUGCUGAUACGGUUCAACAAAUUGAAUUUGCAGAAGCACUCACAUUGCUGAAGCAAUAUUCCAUGGUAAGAACAGUCAAACCAAAAAUAUCAUUCACAAUUCCCAGAUUGGUGCACGAAGUCAUCAGAAUCGAUAUGCAAAUAAAAAACCAGACUGAAACAAUGAUGAUUAGUUUGUUCGAAAUUCUGCAAAGAUUCUUCUCCUCGUAUUAUAUUUCAGAAAAAGAAGAACAACGAGAAGGUUUGGUGUUGGCAUCUCAUUUAGAGAUAUUUCUGAAGCACGUCGACAAUUUGAACGAUGAUUUUGAACAAAAGUUAAAAUACCAAAGCAAGUUGUUACUUUGGUUGGCCGAUGAAUUGUUGUUUUCACUAAAAUUCACCAACGAUCAGAAACUACUUCAAAUCAUGGAUAGAAUUCUAAAUCUGCCUGUUGAUUACGACGAGAAUGAUUUAUUGAUUUUGGAUCGUCUACCUGAUGCUUUUUCUGAACAAAGUGAAGAUCCAAAACGCAGAAAAUUUUUAGAACUUUGCUAUGUUCACAAACAACGUAUUUUUGGAGAAUCUUGUUUAUAUCUGAUCAAAACUUUGGAGCAAAUAUGUAUUUUGCCUAACACUACAGACCAGGAUCGCAAAGAUAAACUAGAAAUGAUAUUAAAAAUUUUGGAACACAACUCGGAGAAGAAUUCUAUGAAACUUCUGCCAGUUCUCCUAAAAUUAGUAAGACUGGCCAGAGGAAAUUUAGCAGAAAUGGAUAUAUUGGCUUCUAGAAUUUUAGAUUUGGUUAAUGAUGGUCAUGAGAAGAACAAGGAAGUCGUUCUAGCUCUGGAAGAGUUGAAGGAAAUAUAUAAAUUACAUUCAGACAGUCAGAUAAAUCACAAAUUAAAGGUAAUGGUGUAA